UCUUGGGAGGCCUGAGCAACGGUGUCGGCUUGCUGGCUUUGUCAGAUGAUGUCGCGUAUCCUUUAACAUCGCAUCAAUCGUCGUUAAACUAAUAUCCAACCAAGAUGAGUGCUGGAAUGCCAGAGCUGGGCUCGAAGAUCAGCCUAAUAUCGAAGGCGGACAUAAGAUACGAGGGAAGACUGUUCACCGUUGAUCCACACGAGUGCACAAUCGCCCUUGCCAAUGUACGCUCUUUUGGAACGGAGGACAGGGAGACGCAGUUCGCAGUGGCUCCCCAGAAUCAAGUGUAUGAGUAUAUUCUCUUCAGGGGUUCGGAUAUCAAGGAUAUUCGAGUUGUCAAUAAUGUCAACACAUUGCCCAAUGAUCCGGCUAUUGUGCAGAUGACGGUGCAACCGUCGAUGGGCCAACAAUCCUAUCAGCCCCAGCCAGGAUAUGGACAUCCAAUGAUGCCCCAGAUGGGUCCAAUGGGGGGUCAGUACGGUGGGCCGUACGGUAUGGCGAUGGGUGCAAUGGGUCCAGUGAUGGGAAUGCCAGGUGCUGGAAGAGAUCCCCGCGCACCCAUGAACAAACCCAACAGUGAGUUGGGCCCUGGCCCUGGUGAACCAAGCAUCAUCAAUAUCCCCAAUUCUCUACCAACGGCCAACGUCAAGCCGUUGACAAAAGAUCAAUCUCUGGAAGAUGGUGUUUUGGAGAUGCUGAGUGGAGCAUCGCGAUCGACGACUCCCACGUCGUCUCUGCUAAACCGAAAGAGUCCCACGAACGAUCAAAGCACUCAGGUCACUCAGCAACGCCAAGCGUCCCAGCAGAAUCAGCAGGUAGCUGGUGGCAAAGGGUCAGAUAAGUCGACUAACAGGACUGUCCAACCGCCCCACCGAGAGCGUGAUACUCACUCGAGAGGCCGCACUGGCAGCGGAAUGUCUCAGUACAGUGACUCCAAGAGGGAUCAAAUGCACCAGGCUGGACAGAUGCAACGUCGCAAUGUACAUACCGGUCAGGGAGGUCCUCGUGGCAAUCGUGGUGGCUGGAUCCCGCGUGGCAAUAUUGCACGUGGACGAGGCAGAGGCGGUCGUGGUGGCGUCUUCCGUUCCAAUCAACCAGGCAAUGCUAUAGAAAAGCCCACGAAUACACUCACAUUCGAUAAUGAUUAUGACUUUGAACAAGCCAAUACUGAGUUCGAGGAGUUGAGAUCUCGACUGGCAAAAACCAAGAUUGACGCAGGUGCUGAGAACGAGAAGAAAGAUGACAGUGGUAACGAAACAGGUGCUGGUGAGAACGAGCAGGAGGAGGAAUCGGACGUGGUGCACUACGACAAGUCGAAAUCGUUCUUCGACAACAUCAGCUGCGAAGCAGUUGAGAGGAGUAAAGGAAGAUCUCAACGUACGGACUGGAGAAUAGAGAGAAAACUCAACUCUGAGACUUUCGGUGUGUCAUCAACGAGACGUGGGGGAUUCUUCCGUGGACGCGGAUACUACCUCAAUCGUGGAAUGCCUGGGGGUAUGUACCGUGGAAACAGUGGUGGACAGAUGGGUGGAUAUCGUGGCAACUACAGGGGACAACGUGGUGGCAACAACGCCAAUCGCAAACCCGGACAGAAUCAGAAUAAUGCCAAUCAGAAUCGUAAUAGCAACGAACAGACCAGUCAACCACAGCAGACCAGUCGUCUCAUAUCUGGCACCGUAUAAAAAAAACCACUGGUAUCACUCACCAACAAUCAUUCUCCCCUUACCCGUUAAAUAAUUUAGAUGAUGUCGAGGAAUUUCCAUUAUCGAGGGUUUAAAGCAACAGUCGACGAAUGUGAAACAAUUUAUAAGUAUUUACCGUAGAUUAAGAUUUUUACGAUAUGCGCUUUCAUGUCAACAAAAAAAAAACAAAUUGAACAUAGGAUUUUUGAAUCAAUAACCACCCACUAUUGGACUGAUUAAUGAGAGUUUCGUUUUGAGUGGGAAUUCAAAAUAAUUAAUGUCGCGUAUUGGUUAUCGUUGGGCGAUUAUAUGUCGAUAUCUGGGGAAGGGAUUACAUUUCUUGCAGAUACAUGAACAAAUGUUAAUGGAGUACAAUGAGUUUGGGGAGAUGAUUAUGAUAAUGAAGUUGAAGUUUUGUCUGCGACUUCAAACUGGCUGUAUUUUAAACGUAAUCAUGGGACAUAGAUUUGUAAAAAGGGUUCGAGGAAAUUGCAGUGAAAUUAUUUGGAUCUGUUAAUUGGCUCUCAGUGUUUUCCCUUCACUUCAGUUUUGUGACAAAAGUACUGGAAUUGGCAUGAAAUUAAUUGAUUUAAUGAGAAAGGUUGUACGAUGCUGGAUUUUUUUUUAAUUAAUUGGGAUUUGCUGGUUUGUAUCCGCACAGACGGAAGUCGAUGGAAUAUUUUAUUGCCAGAAGGAAAGAGGGGAAACAUUGGGAAUGAUAAUUGUAAUAAUUAACAAUGCAUACCACGAGUUUAGGGUUUCGUGGUAGAUGGAAAGAUACGACUAAUUAUUUGGCGUCGAAUUAACAAUAAUUAGAUUGAAGUGUAAAAAAGACGAUGAAUACCGAAACAAGCUUGAGGAACAGCUUAUCGGUGUAAAAUGCCUUUUGCGUGGUAUAUAUAAUAUGUAAUAAAUGUGAAAAUUACGAGAUGAAAUGGGAAAUGAGGAAUCUACGAUGUUUUGCAGAGAAAAGAGAGAAAAUACUGGAAAAAAUACAGUGUAUCGUAAAAUAGUCAAUUUUUGGUGGGCGCUUGAUGAAUAAAAUGAAUGAAAUUUGAAAAAAAAAAAAUGUCUCGUUGCCGGAACGACGAAAUACCGAAACGAAUGAAUCUACCUAAUUAAAAUUAAACAAAUCGGUACAAUUGUCACAUAAAUUAAUGAUUGAGGAUAAAUUUAUUAAUCAGCGCGGUCAGAAAUAACGAAGAUAUUCAAAUGCAAACGAAGAAAAAAUAGUUAUUUACUCAUGGGAAUACGCAUUACAAUUAUUAUUGAUUAUUUACUAUUAUAAUUUCUUUUUUUUUUACAAUAAUAAAUAGGCAUGAAGACAGGGGAAGUAAAAGGGUAGGAGGGGCGGGAGGGGGGUGAGAUAAAAAAAAAUCGCCUGAGCCCAAAUAAAUAGAAUUAGGAGACGAUGCGCGAUUGAUUCUGAAAAAUAAAACAGCCUAGAACUUUGAUACUUGUUGACCAUAAAAAUGAUUAAUCAGGGAAAUAAAAAAGGCCAGAUGAAUUGAACAAUUGCGUUGUUAGGUUUUUUAUUGUAUUUACCGAGGGGUUUAUUCUUUUGAUCUUACAGAACGUCUGGACUAGCGUGAGUGUGUGCCAGAAUUCAGUGAAUAUGAUUGCACAGUGAUUAUUGUCGUAGACAAGGUAGAAAUGAAUAUGGGAAAAAAAUAGGGGGAAAAAUGAUUAAUUAAUAAUACAAAGUGGUAAAUUGUUCGCGGCUGUUAUUUUUGUAUGGUCCCCUAAAUGGGUCCCGUCUCAAAUAAGUAUAUAUAUAUGCAUAUAAUACAUGAAACAAUGGAGGGAAAGGCGGAGAUACAAAACAUACACACAUGAACGUUCGCUGUUUAGAGGAAUUAAGUCAAUGGGAAAAAAGUAUCAGCUCAGAGUAGCCAAAUGAAUGAUUACCGAUGUAUGCAGUGAAAUCCGUCUUCAGGGGGAUGGAGAUACGAGUAAUAAAUGGGAGAACGUACGUUUUAUGUUUUUUUUUUCUCUGUCGCAUGUAAUUUUGCGGUUGAACGCGAUUAUUCCUGACAAUGAAUGUGUUUCUUUUGUACAGCGGAUAUUGUGAUUCCCCAAUGAUGAGAAUAAUAACGAAAUGAAGAAAUUAA